UUCUCUGGGGUCACAUGACCCUCCGCCGGGCUGGCUUGUUGAGCUGGGAGCCGGCUCCGUUCAGUGAGCAUCGCACCGGCCAUGGCGGCGGACGAGCUGGCUUCCAGGCUGAACAGGCGGCUGAGGCUGGGGACCGGCGGGGAUGCAGGCGGGGACUCGGACUCCGACCAGCACAGCGACGGCGAGAGGAGGCAGCCCUGCAUGAGGGUCUUCAAACCCUACACCGAGUUCAAGGAGUUCACCAGGAAGCAGAUCAAGGACAUGGAGUGCAUGUUCAAACAGUAUGAUGCGGGCAAGGAUGGAUUCAUAGAUCUUAUGGAACUUAAACGAAUGAUGGAGAAACUUGGAGCUCCUCAAACCCAUCUUGGCCUCAAGGAAAUGAUUAAAGAAGUGGAUGAAGACUUUGAUGGGAAACUUAGUUUUAGGGAGUUUCUUUUAAUCUUCCGCAAAGCAGCUGCCGGAGAGUUGGAGGAAGAUAGUGGCUUGCAUGCCCUAGCAAGGCUCUCGGAGAUCGAUGUAUCCACAGAAGGAGUCAAAGGAGCCAAAAAUUUCUUUGAGGCGAAGGUACAAGCAAUCAAUCAUGGCAGCCGGUUUGAACAGGAGAUCAAAGCAGAACAAGAAGAAAAGAAGAGACAAGCGGAGGAGAAAGAACAGAGGAAAGCUGCAUUUAAAGAGCUCCAAUCUGCCUUCAAGCCAUAGAACAGAGUUACAUAUUUUCUUAGCAUGCAGAGAGAGACAAAAUCUAUAAAUAUAUAUAUAUAAAAUGAUAUAUAAACUAUAGAGAAAAAAACACUCAGAUUUAUUGCUUAAGGGUUGAGUGGACCAAUAGAGUUUACCAUUUUACAAGUGAUUACAUUUUUUUAAAUUAAUUUGCAGACAAUAUUUUUUUAUGUCAUUCAACGGCUGGUUUUUUUUAAUUUUAUUUUUCUGUG